UGUUCACACAGAAAGGGGUCAGAACGGUACCCAGGGACGGGCGCAGGGGAGCUAUUCAGAGAAAGAGGGAACUAUGCCCAGAGACGAAGCUAACCAUCGCACUAUGGUACAGGAGGAUUCAGUGUCCAGAAUUAAAAGCUUGAAGCAUGGGAGUGAAUGAUUUGUGGCAGAUAUUAGAGCCUGCUAAGGAAUAUGUUCCACUACAAAAUCUUAAAGGGAAAACGUUGGCCGUCGAUAUGAGCUUAUGGGUUUGUGAGGCUCAAACUGUGAAAGGCAUGAUUGGAACAGUUAUCAAGCCACAUCUCAGAAAUUUGUUUUUUCGUAUUUCAUGUCUCACUUUGAUGGAUGUGAGACUUGUCUUUGUAGCAGAGGGAAAUGCACCAAAACUGAAGGCUGAUACAAUGAAUAAACGGAAUGAGGCAAGGCAUGGUUUGUCCAAAAAGCAAGGAAGCUUUACUGUUAGAACAAAAAGAUCCCAUUUUAAAUCUGUCCUUAAAGAGUGUUGUGAACUGCUGGAUUGUUUAGGCAUCCCAUGGGUUUGUGCAGCUGGAGAGGCCGAAGCUAUGUGUGCCUACCUAAAUGAAAAUGGAUAUGUUGAUGGUUGUAUCACCAAUGAUGGUGAUGCUUUCUUGUAUGGAGCUCAAACUGUGUACAGAAACUUCACCAUGAAUACAAAGGAUCCCCACGUAGACUGCUAUAAAAUGUCAACAAUUAACUCCAGAUUAGGCCUUGACCGAGAUGCAUUGAUUGGUUUCGCAAUUUUACUUGGUUGUGAUUACUUGCCAAAGGGAGUUCCAGGAGUUGGGAAGGAACAGGCUUUGAGAUUGAUUGAAGCAAUGAAUGGACAGAGCGUCCUACAGAGGUUUAAAUUCUGGAAACUAGAGUUUGAUGGUUUUACUACUCAUGAUCCAACUGUGGAAAAGAAAGCACACUGCUCUGUGUGCCAACACCCAGGAUUAACCAGUGAGCAUGUACACAAGGGCUGUCAGUUGUGUGCAACUGUUCGAUGCUGUUCACUGCAUGGAGAUGAGCACCUCUGUCCAUGUGAUUGGCAUGAGGCAGAACAGAAGAGAAAAUCCAACAUGGUCGAGAACAACAUAAAAAAAAAAGCAAGAGCUUGUAAGCAUUUCCCAUUUGAAGAGGUGAUCAGAGAGUUUCUUAUCAGUAAGGACCAACUAAUUCAGCGUAUUCAAUGGAAGCGUCCAAAAUUGCUUUUACUUCAGAAUUUUGCCCUGGAUAAAAUGGAGUGGCCUAGACACUAUACAUGUGAGAAAGUGCUGAUGUUACUUUCACACCAUGAUAUGAUGGAAAGAAAAUUGGGAAGAAUAGACCCAUGUCAUUUGCAGCCAAUAAGCAUUGUCAAAACAAGAAUUCGGAAUGGGAUUCCCUGUUUUGAAAUUCUAUGGGGAAAGACAGAGCAUUAUGUUACCUCAAGUGAUCAAUUUGAAGAUUCUCAGAAAACUGUCACAACCAUAGAAGAUCAAGUUUCCUUUCAGGCAGCAUAUCCAGAUAUGACUGCUUUAUUUUACAGGCAGAACACUGAAAAGAAGAAAAUGCAAAAAAGUAAAAGCAAGAGAACAGAGAAGGUAGCUCCUUUGCCUGAUGAAAUCACACAUCUACUGGCUGAAAUGAAUUUACAAUCUUCCCAUGGUUCUGGAAUUGCAACAGGAAGUGAACCUGUUCAAAAAAGUGUAAGAAAACGGAUGAAUCCCUCCAAUACCCAUCAACAUAGAUCUUCCGUUAGCUUUUGUACUGAAGGAUCUCAAGAAUGCCAAGAAUUCUCUGAAAAAUCUAAUAAAAUUACACAACCUGGUGUUAAACACACUGCAGAAAUAAUAAAAUCUGACAGUGAAUCUUUAUCUCUUAAAGAAUUAGAAAACGAGCAUGGUACCGGUGCCUUGUCCCCUUCUGCAUCUAUGAUAGUUGCAGAGUUGGAUUUGAGUGGCAUUGAUUGGACUCAGUCAUUCAGUACACCACGAUCAGACCGUACUCCGACGACUCCAGCAGAAACUUCUGAGCAAGUUCAUCCCCUCAUUAAUGAGAAGUGCUGUGUACCUGUUUACUAUAUCAGUAAACUAAAAGAAGACAAAGCACGGAAAGAAAAUGCUGCCGCGCUGAAGCAAGAUCCACUUCAAAAGAAUGUGGCAGAAUUAUCUAAGAAAGAUGCAUCUAUGCUGCCUGAUCUUUAUGAUCUAUCUUUAAAGGAUCGCAUUCUAUUGAAAAACUCUCAUCAGUUUUUAUCUCUGCAUCAAUCAGAUCCUAAUUCUGGUGGAACCCUGCCAUACUCCUUUAAUUAUAAAAAUGAUGCACCAUUUCAAGGAAAACUUACAAAUGAAUCAACUUUUUCCAAUAAAGAGAGAUUCAGUGGCUGUGACUUAUCAGAAACUCAAUGCAUUCAGCAAGAGAAAAAAGAAAUUUACAUUUCUGACCCAACUACAAUUCAACAUGUCAGGCCAUUAACUGAGGUAGAAAAUCAAAAUUUAACAUGUUCAAGGGAGCACGUUGUUGGAACAAGUGAUCCAGCUAUUUAUUCACACCGAGCUUCAAAGACAGAUAGUAGCUCAUUGAGACUGAAGAAAAAUAAAACUGUGAAACCACACAGAAUGAAACAUAAGAAUGGAACUACUUCAACAUUUCAGAAGAAAAGCGUUUGUCGCAAAUUGUCGUCAUCCAGCGAAGAUAGUGAUAUUGAGAAUACAAGAAUAAUACAAAAAUGUGGCUUCACAUUCAGAGCUAUAGAUAAUAUUGUGAUGUCACCUUCCAUUUCAAAUCAGAGUCAAACAUGUGCUCAGCGGACCAAAUCCAGAACUGCCAUUAAUAGAAUAGACAACACCAAGGUAGCUACUGGCCAUAUUCAACUCAAAGUGAUCAGCAGUUUUGAUGCUGAGAAAACUGAGCAAACUCAAUUAACACAUAAGCAAAGAGAAACUUUUAGCAAAAGCAGUGCUGAUCUGCCAAGACUUGAACUGAGUGCUGUGCAGAAUCUUAAGCAGCUCAGUGAUAAUGAAGAUUCUAUUAUAGUAAUAAGUGACAGCUCCCUUCCACUUUCAGAAGGGUUAGAUCUUUGACUGCACAGUUUUUGAAUGGUUACUCAAUUGCAUGCUCCCAAAAUCAGGUUCUCCAGAAGUUUGUUGUUUUUAAGUUAGGUUUUAGGUAUUUUAGAUGCCCCUUCAGAAAAAAAAGCAUUCACCAUAUACAUUCUCCGCUCAACAUUUUUGAAUAAAAUUGGUAACUAAAUGCUGUAAACUGCCCAUUGUUUAAUAUUGACUCAGCUGUAAAUUGAAAAAAGAACGAUUGCAAGUUUAAAAUCAUUUAUGUUCCUUGCCUUAUUCUACUGUGACAUUGUUGAUCCAUAUUUUAAUAAUUCAUUCAUUUAAGCUAAAACUAUGUUUAAAUGUAUUUUAAAAUAAUGGUUUCCUUUAGUUACUUCAACCAAAUUUUCUGCAUUCAAGGAUAUUUCUAUUCAGUUCCAUCCUUUGUUUUUAUCACUCUGAUGAUGCACCUUCCCUCAUGCAGCUAUAAUGAAGUGUGGGUAAGCAUCUUGGUAUGCCUUAUCAGUUGAUGGUGUUUUUCUGUCGUCCUUAACGCCUCACUGUGAGGAAGUGCCUGUCCUCUUUUCUGCGUUGUGUCAGUGGUCCCAUACCAAGCAUCAAGUUAUCUUUUUCCAUCUCUGAAGCAUUUUUUUGUGUUAAAACAUAAGCUAUAGGAGCGGAAUUAGGCAUUUACCCCAUGUCGGAGUUCAUUCUGACAUAUAGUCAUAGCUACUGUUACUCAAUCCCAUUCUCUUGCUGUCUUCAGUAACCUUUGAUCCCCUUACUAAUCAAAGCCUAUCUAUCACUGCCUUAAAGACAUUCAGUGGUUUGACCUCUACAGCUUUCCUUGGCAAUGGUUUGCACAGAUUCACAGAUUCUGGCUGGCUGAAGAAAUUCCUCCUCAUCUCAGUUCUGAAAAGGUUGACCCUUCUCUCUAAGGCUGUUCCUCAGAUCCUAGCAUCUCGAAUGGAAAUAUUUUCUCCGCGUUCACUCUGUCCAGAUCUCUCAGUAUCCUGUAAGUUUCAGUGACCCCACCCCACAACCAAAUCCAUCAAAACUCCCAGUACAAGAUUGGUACUGGAUCCACUUUUGUUUGUCAUUUAUAUAAAUGUUUUGGGUGAGCAAUUAGCAGGCAUGGUUAAUAACUUUGUGGAUAACACCAAAAUUUGUGGUAUAGUCAACAGUGAAGAAGGUUACCUGAGAUGACAAAGGGAUCUUGAUCAAUUGGGCCAAUGGGCUGAGGAGUGGCAGAUGGAUUUUAACUUGGAUAAAUGCAAGGUAUUGCAUUUUGAUAAAACAAAUAAGAGCAGGACUGAUACAAUUAAUGGGAGAGCCCUGGGUAGAGUUGUCAAGCAGAAAGACCUAGGGGUUCAAGUGCAUUGUGCUUUGAAAGUUGCAUCACAAGUAGACAUGGUGGUUAAGAAGGCAUUUAGCACACUUGCUGUUAUUGCUCAGACCAUUGAAUAUUGAAAGGGGAAUGUUAUGUUAAGGUUGUACAAGUCGUUGGUGAGGCCACUUUUGGAGUAAUGUGUGCAGUUCUGGUCGCCGUACUAUUGGAAUAAUGUUAUUAAAUUACAGAGGGCUCAGAAAAGAUUUACCAGGAUGCUGCCAGGACUGGAGCAUUUGAGAUAUAAGGAUAGGCUGGGACAUUUUUCACUGACGCAUAGGGAGUUAAGGAUUGACUUUGUGAUGGUUUAUAAAAUCAUGAGGGAUAUAGAUAAGACGAAUAGCAAAGGUCUUUUCCCUAGGGUGGGGGAGUUCAAAACUGAGGGGCACAUUUGUAAAGUGAGAGGAGGCAGAUUUCAAGGGCAACAUUUUCACACAAAGGGUGUGUAGUUUAUUUUUAAUUCACAACAGCAUCACUGGCUCAGCAGCAUUUAUUGUCCACCCGUAAUUGCCCAGAGGGCAAUUCAGAGUCAACCUCUUUGCCAUGGACCUGGAGUCACAUGUAGGCCAGACCAGGUCUGGAUGACAGUUUCCUUCCCUAAAGAACGUUAGUUAACCAGGUGGGCUUUUCCCAAAUAUCAACAAUGGAAUCGUGAUCAUUAGAUUCUUAAUUCCAGAUACUUUAUUGAAUUUAAAUUCCACUGGAAUUCGAACCCAGGUCCCCAGAACAUUAUCUGGAUCUCUGGAAUAAUAUUGCUCCCCAGUCGAAUGAACCGUCAGAGGAAGUGGGAGAUGCAGGUAAAGUUACAUCUUUUAAAAGCCCUUUGGAUUGGAACAUGAGUUGAAAAGGUUUAGAGGGAUAUGAGCCAAACUCAGGCAAGUGGGACUAGUUUAGUUUGGGAAACUUGGUCGGCAUGGACAAGUUUGACUGAAGGGUCUGUUUCGGUGCUAUAUGACCCUACAGACCCAGAGACCUCAACCACUCCUUGUAUGACCAGCCAUUCAUGCCCAGGAUCAUUCUAGUGAACCUCCCCUGGAGACCGAACAAGGCCAGCACAUCCUUAGAUAAGGGGCCUAAAACUCCUCACGAUAUUCCAAAAGCAGCCUGACUUGAGCCUAAUACAGCCUUAGCAGUGCAUCCCUGCUGUUGUAUUGUAGCCCUCUCAAAGUGAAUGCUAAUAUUGCAUUUGCCUUUGUAACUGCCAACUGAACCUGCCUGUUAAUUUAAUACACUAACAAUAGGUAUGGUGUCUUUCAAGUUUUAAAGUUGCUCAUCAAUGUAUGUGUCACAGCUAGGUGAUAUAGAGAUGGGCAUAAAGGGACAUAACAGGCCUGAAGCAGCUUCUCAAGCCAGGACAGAUGAAACCAGAGAGUUGGGUAGCACCAAUCAGUUAGUUAUAGACAUUGUAUAGUUAUUAUUAUACUGCAGUACAGUUAUUGACAUCAUCUGGCGUGUAGUUGAUGAGACUUAAUAAUUAACACCUAACAUUACCCACCACUGUUAUUUGUGCUUAUCUAAAAUUAAUUCUUUAUUAGUUAGAUGAACAGAUUAAAAUGUACUUGAGAUUAUGAAAAUAUCUUAACACUAAUCUUAAAACUAAUAUGCCCUGAAAUGCCAAACAACUAAAAAUAUUAAAAUUAUAAAAUAUCCAACCUUAAAAUAAUAUCCUAAGAACAUCAUAAAAGUUCUACUGCAUAGAUAAAGACUUUUACUCAUAGCUAAAAAUCUGCAGCAUUUUGAAAGUAAGCAAUUGAGAGUCUUGAUAUUUCUUGGGCAAAGGACAGGUAUUUUUGAAUGCAGAACUCAUAAGUUUAUUGUUUGACUCAGCCCAUUAUAGCACCCAUGACAAGUCUGAAAAAAGGAAAGCUGUGUUCUGAAUGUUAAAUUGAUGAUUUCUUCAUUAAGGUAUUUAUAUUUAUCAGCUUUCUCAGUCUAGGAUUUCGCUAUUGAAUUGUCUUCAUUUUCAAAAUGGAUUGUUACAUUGACACAACAGUUCUCAAGCCUUCCUUAAAUAUUAAAUCAGGUUUCCACAA